AGAAAAAUAACGGGAAUUGGGUACCUACAUAUCCGCAGCUCCAAUCUCGAAAUUCCGGAGUAGCAUUGAGCAUCUUUGGCCGGCGCGGAUCACACGGAAGGAAAAGUCGACAAACCAACCCCAAAAUGGCCUACAAAACGAUUAAGUGGAUCGCCGCCAUUGCUCUGAUUGCCGUUGUCACCGAAAAAUCCACUGUUUCCUGUGCGUCAUCUGGUUCUUGCGACGGGCUGAGACUCGAUAGACACGCAAACGACGAGUUCAUGACAGCCAGAAAAUGCAUUUCACUGUUUGGCACAUGUUGCAGUACCGAUCCGGCCAUUUACCAAUAUAAUGAAGACCCGAGAAAGAUGAAAUCAACCGACGAGUGUUACACUUGUUACAACAGCAACAUCAGCGUAAGAUGCACGGGAAAAUUAAUGAAAUUUCAGGACGGACUUAAAGCUGAAAGUUGCACGGAACUCGGCGGUAAAUGCUGCGAUACGACAUCGAAAGGCGGAUCGGCUUUCUCCGCCAGAGAUUUCCCGACUAAUCACGGAUUGAGAGCAUGCGACUACUGUUACAGUGGAAAUCCCCAAGUGAACGGCUGAACCCAAAUCAAACAACGCAACCCAUUAGAUGUAUACGAAUAAUUUAAACAAUACGCUUUUCCACGGAUUUUGUGUGUGUGUGUGUGUGAGCAAUACAUCGAUUUCAAUCAUUUUAAA